GCCGGCCGUGGGGGUGGGGCGAUAGUGACAUCACCCCGAAGUCGGUUUUUAAGCUGCGGCCGGCCGGGGAUGGGGAAGAGAGGGACAGUCGGAGAGCGGCGGCGAGUCCCUGAGCCCGCCGCGGCCCCGAGAGCGGCUGCAGCCGCUGCCGCCGGGAAGGAGAGGGCGAGGCGCGCCUGAGCCGCCGCCGCCACCGGAGUCGCGGGCGAGCCGGUCAGCCGCCGCGGGACCCGGCCCCUGCUCCGGCCGCCGCUUGCAGACCGCGGGCGCCGAUGUCGCCCGCGCCCCGCUAGGCUCAGCCUCAGGUCGGGCGAGGAGCCGCGGCUGCCGCCGCCGCCCGGGCCGCGGGUAAGAGCCUCAGGAGCCACCACCGCCGCCACCCGCCCAGGCCCCGCCGCCGCCCGCGCGCCUCCGGGCCCCCGACACACAGGAGAUUCUUCAGGCUCACUUUCAAGUGCUUCGUGGACUGCUUCUGACAGCGCCGCCCGCGCCUCGCACCCCGCCGCCCGCCCGCCGCCCCGUCCCCCGGCCCGGCCGCUCCCCGGCCCCCGGCCGGCCCGCGCCUUCGGGGCCCUUCCCGGUGCCGCCGGUGCCCCCCGCCUGACCGCCGCCCCCCGAGAGGCGCCGCGACCCCGGCCCGGCCGUGCGGCCCGCCGGGGCCAUGGCGAAGAAGAGCGCCGAGAAUGGCAUCUAUAGCGUGUCCAGCGACCAGAAGAAGGGCCCCCUCACCGCGCCCGGGCCCGACGGGGCCCCGGCCAAGGGCGACGGCCCCGCGGGCCUGGGGACAGCCGGCGGCCGCCUGGCCAUGCCGCCGGCGAGAGAGUCCUGGACGCGCCAGAUGGACUUCAUCAUGUCGUGCGUGGGCUUCUCCGUGGGCUUGGGCAACGUGUGGCUCUUCCCCUACCUGUGCUACAAGAACGGCGGAGGUGUGUUCCUUAUUCCCGGCGUCCUGAUCUCCCUGGUUGGAGGGAUCCCCAUUUUCUUCUUGGAGCUGGGCCAGUUCAUGAAGGCAGGCAGCAUCAAUGUCUGGAACAUCUGUCCCCUGUUCAAAGGCCUGGGCUACGCCUCAAUGGUGAUCAUCUUCUACUGCAACAGCUACUACAUCAUGGUCCUGGCCUGGGGCUUCUAUUACCUGGUCAAGUCCUUUACCACCACGCUGCCCUGGGCCACAUGUGGCCACACCUGGAACACUCCCGACUGUGUGGAGAUCUUCCGCCAUGAAGACUGUGCCAAUGCCAGCCUGGCCAACCUCACCUGUGACCAGCUUGCUGACCGCCGGUCCCCUGUCAUCAAGUUCUGGGAGAACAAAGUCUUGAGGCUGUCUGGGGGACUGGAGGUGCCAGGGGCCCUCAACUGGGAGGUGACCCUUUGUCUGCUGGCCUGCUGGGUGCUGGUCUACUUCUGUGUCUGGAAGGGGGUCAAAUCCACGGGAAAGAUCGUGUACUUCACUGCUACAUUCCCCUACGUGGUCCUGGUCAUGCUGCUGGUGCAUGGAGUGCUGCUGCCUGGCACCCUGGACGGCAUCAUUUACUAUCUCAAGCCUGACUGGUCAAAGCUGGGGUCCCCUCAGGUAUGGAUAGAUGCAGGGACCCAGAUUUUCUUUUCUUACGCCAUUGGCCUGGGGGCCCUCACAGCCCUGGGCAGCUACAACCACUUCAACAACAACUGCUACAAUGGGACCAGCUUCUUUGCUGGCUUCGUGGUCUUCUCCAUCCUGGGCUUCAUGGCUGCAGAGCAGGGCAUGCACAUCUCCAAGGUGGCAGAGUCAGGGCCGGGCCUGGCCUUCAUCGCCUACCCGCGGGCUGUCACACUGAUGCCAGUGGCCCCACUCUGGGCUGCCCUGUUCUUCUUCAUGCUGUUGCUGCUUGGUCUUGACAGCCAGGGCGGGAUGUACCUGCUGUUUGACUACUACUCGUCCAGUGGCACCACCCUGCUCUGGCAGGCCUUUUGGGAGUGUGUGGUGAUGGCCUGGGUGUACGGAGCUGACCGCUUCACGGACGACAUUGCCUGUAUGAUUGGGUACCGACCUUGCCCCUGGAUGAAAUGGUGCUGGUCCUUCUUCACCCCACUGGUCUGCAUGGGCAUCUUCAUCUUCAACGUUGUGUACUAUGAGCCGCUGGUCUACAACAACACCUACGUGUACCCGUGGUGGGGUGAGGCCAUAGGCUGGGCCUUCGCACUGUCCUCCAUGCUGUGUGUGCUGCUGCACCUCCCGUGCUGCCUCCUCAGGGCCAAGGGCACCAUGGCUGAGUGCUGGCAGCACCUGACCCAGCCCAUCUGGGGCCUCCACCACUUGGAGUACUGAGCUCAGGACGCAGAUGUCAGGGGCCUGACCACCCUGACCCCAGUGUCCGAGAGCAGCAAGGUCAUUGUGGUGGAGAGUGUCAUGUGACAGCUCAGCUCACAUCACCAGCUCACCUCUGGUAGCCAUAGCAGCCCCUGCUUCAGCCCCACCCCACCCCUCCAGGGGGCCUGCCUUUCCCUGACACUUUUGGGGUCUGCCUGGGAGAGGAGGGGAGAAAGCACCAUGAGUGCUCACUAAAACAACUUUUUCCAUUUUUAAUAAAACGCCAAAAAUAUCACAACCCACCAAAAAUAGAUGCGUCUCCCCCUCCAGUCCUAGCCCAGCUGGUCCUAGGCCCCGCCUAGUGCCCCACCCCCACCCGCAGUGCUGCUCUUCUCCUGCCCCUGCCACGCCCACCCCCUGCCCACCUCUCCAGGCUCUGCUCUGCAGCACACCCUUGGGUGACCCCUCACCCCAGAAGCAGCAGUGGCAGCUUGGGAAUGUGAGGAAGGGAAGGAGGAAGAGAUGGGAGGGAGGAGAGAGAGGAGAAGGGAGGCAAGGGAGGGGCAGCAGAAACAAGACAAAUAUUUCAGCUGGGCUAUACCCCUCUCCCCAUCCCUGUUAUAGAAGCUUAGAGAGCCAGCCAGCAGUGGAACCUUCUGGUUCCUGCACCAAUCACCACCAAUAUCAAUUGUGUGAGCUUGGGUGCAAGUACACGCGUGCGUGAGUACGUAGAGUAUAUAUAGAUUUCUAUCUCUUAGCAAAGGUGAAUACCAGAUGUAAAUGGUGCCUCUGGGCAAAGGAGGCUUGUAUUUUGCACAUUUUAUAAAAACUUGAGAGAAUGAGGUUUCUGCUUGUAUAUUUCUAAAAAGAGGAAGGAGCCCAAACCAUCCUCUCCUUACCACUCCCAUCCCUGUGAGCCCUACCUUACCCCUCUGCCCCUAGCCUAGGAGUGUGAAUUUACAGAUCUAACUUUCAGAGGCAAAACAAAAGCUUCGAGCUGUUGUGUGUGCGAGUCUGUUGUGUGGAUGUGUGUGUGUGGUCCCCAGCCCCAGAAUGGAUUGGAAAAGUGCAUGGUGGGGGCCUCGGGGCUGUCCCCAUGCUGUCCCUUUG